AGAAGGGAGCAGACAACGCAACAAGGGGAGCAGGGGAAGGAGCUGGGGCUGCCCGGGCUGCACAAGAGGAGGCUGAGGGCAGACCCCAUCUGCAGGGACGUGAAGGGAGGUUGCGGCGAAGAGGGUCGGUCUCUUUUGCGGGUGGUGAUGGAUGUGAGGAAGCGGCCUCAGGUGGCAGCGGGGAGGUUUGGGUUGGUUCAGCAUCUCUGCAACACAGAGGGGCGGCUGGGAGCUGCUGUGAGCAUCCCCAGCCCCCCCCUGAUAGAACCGCUGCUCCCCCACGGCCCCGGCGCUCCAUCACCAAACCUUUUUCUGUCUGCAGUUUCAGCCUCCGUAAUCCUCAGCUCCUGCCAGGGCCUUUCUGGAAGCAACCCGAGCACAGAAUUUCCCAGUCCGGUGCAGGAGGAGCUUUGCCUCACAGAACUGAUGGGAGAGAGCCCUGAGAGUCGCAGGGUGAACCAGGGCAACAUGCCGGGCAUCCAGAGCACCUUCCUCGCCAUGGACACGGAGGAAGGCGUGGAGGUGGUGUGGAAUGAGCUGCUCUUCACUGACAAGAAGGCCUUCAAAGCACACGAGGAGAAGAUCAAGACCAUGUUUGAGCAGCUGGUGCUGGUGGACCACCCCAACAUCGUGAAGCUCCAUAAAUACUGGCUGGAUGUGAAGGACUCGAAGGCACGGGUCAUUUUCAUCACAGAAUACGUGUCUUCGGGGAGCCUGAAACAGUUCCUGAAGAAAACCAAGAAAAACCACAAGGCCAUGAAUGCCAGGGCCUGGAAGCGCUGGUGCACGCAGAUCCUGUCUGCUCUCAGCUUCCUCCACUCCUGUGAGCCCCCCAUCAUCCACGGCAACCUCACCAGUGACACCAUCUUCAUCCAGCACAACGGGCUCAUCAAGAUCGGCUCCGUGUGGCACCGGGUGUUUGCCAACGCCCUUCCAGAUGACCUGCGGAGCCCCAUCCGGAUCGAGAGGGAGGAGCUGCGCAAUUUGCAUUUCUUUCCCCCUGAAUACGGCCAGAAGGCCGACGGGACAGCCGUGGACAUCUUCUCCUUUGGGAUGUGCGCACUGGAGAUGGCAGUGCUGGAGAUCCAGACCAACGGUGACACGCGGGUCUCGGAGGAGGCCAUCAUGCGGGCACGGCAUUCUCUGGAUGACCCCAACAUGAGGGAGUUCAUUCUGUCGUGCCUGACCCUCAACCCCGACAAGCGGCCGACGGCCAACAGCCUCCUCUUCCACCGCGUGCUCUUCGAGGUCCAUUCCCUGAAGCUGCUGGCAGCACACUGCUUCAUCAACAACCAGUAUUUGAUGCCAGAGAACGUGGUGGAGGAGAAGAUAAAGGAGCUGGACCUGAACAUGGUGAUGGCAGAGAUCCGGCGUGAGGGUCGGCCCGGGGCACAGUGGAGGUACUCUGAGGUCUCGUUCCUUGAGCUCGACAAGUUCUUAGAAGACGUCAGGAAUGGGAUUUACCCUCUGAUGAAUUUCGCUGUCUCCAGACCCCACGCCCUCCCACGGGCACUCUCUCAACCCCCAGAGGACCCUCAGAAAGCCAAAACCCCCACGCCAGAGCCCUUUGAUGUGGAGACCAGGAAGCGCUCCGGGCUUAUUUUUAGAGAGCGCCGCGGUGCUCAGUUGGAUCGAGUGGAGGAACGUCAGCGUGAACCCAAGCAUUUCUGCU